AUGGGUGGCCAUACGCAUCUCAUUGUCUUCGUCUCCAUGUUUGCAGCCAUAACUCUGAUAUCGGAAGCCCAAUACAUUCUCCCGAUCUUCAAACACGAACCCUCCAAACAAUAUUACACACUUAUCUACAUCGGAUCCGCCACAACGUCGUCUCCCGUAAACCUCCUCCUCGAUCUUGGAACCAACCUCACGUGGCUCAACUGCCGCAACAUCAAAUCUUUAUCAUCACUUCGCCUCGUUACUUGCGAGAGCUCCACCUGCAAAUCCAUUUCUGGCAAUGGCUGCGACGGAAAAAUCUGUCUUUACCGUGAACCAAGUCCUUUCCUCCUCACAAACCACACCGUGACCAAAACCGACCGUGUCGUUCAAGACAAAGCCACCAUCUUCUCUACAGAGAACGGAAUACCACCCUCCCUUGUCUCUUUCCGCCCCUUCACAUUCUCCUGCGCCGUCCAGAAAAACCUCCAAGGCAUUGCCCCUCCGAUCUCCGGAGUUAUUGGUCUUUCUUCGGGAGAACUUCCGUUCUGGAGACAGGUGACGUCAGCGUUUAAUGUCAUCCCGAAGUUUGCUCUCUGCUUGCCUUCUUCCCGCGUCGGUACAUUCUAUAUGGGCGCCACAAGUUCUUAUGAUACCCCGGUCUUCGGUGGAAAGAAUCCCGUUCCGAUGACUUUAACGCCCUUAAAAAUUGACUCGGGAAAAUAUCUAAUCUCCCCCACGUCAAUCUACGUUGACGGAAUCCCUUUAUCGUUGAACCCAAGUUUGCUUGAAGGGAGCCCAGCUCAGCACGGUGGUUCCUUACACCAGCGUUGA